UUAAAGGCAAUAAAAAGCGCUACGAGUCAUGAGGACGUCAGCGUUGGACUAUUGGUCGCUAUACUUACCGAUCCAUCCACUGCUCAGAGACACUACAGAGAUCUAACAUAUGUCACGAGAGAUGGUAUGACUUUUGUGAUCACUGUUUUAAAUCAAAUAGUUUUGGAUAAAUAUCUGAAACUUCACGACUCGUCCAGAAGUCAGUUAAUAUGGAUCCUCAAAGAAAUGAUCAAAACGUCAAUCCCUGGAGCGGAUGGUUUGGUCAUGAAUUUGUUGCGACAGAUAAUUGGUGGCGAUAUAUCGCCGAAGAACACAUGGCUUAUCGAGAAGUGUUUGGAUAUACUGGUGGAGUACAGGCAAUGGUUGGAACAGUUCCCGAUAUUAGUGGCCUCUGUUGUGUACACUUAUCUGCGAUUAAUCGGCGACCACUCGAACCCACUCUUAGUGAAACUCAAACAAAAAGAAGUGGAAUUUUGUUCUUCGCUUUUAAGGGAGAGAUUCGUUGAUUGCAUACCAAUUGGAAGGGAUUUAGUGAGACUUUUGCAAAAUGUCGCCCGAAUUCCAGAGUUUGACAAAAUAUGGAGAGAUUUGUUCACAAAUCCGACAGUUUUUGCGCCCACUUUCGGAGGAAUACAACAAUUAAUGAGAACACGAACUUCGCGACGAUUUUUUCAGUCCCGACUCACGCCAGAUAUGGAGCGAAAGAUAGUGUUUCUCACAUCUCAAGUGAAGUUCGGUCAACAAAAGCGAUAUCAGGAUUGGUUUCAACGACAAUACUUAGCGACGCCCGAGAGUCAGACACUACGGUGUGAUGUGAUUCGCUUCAUCUGCGGUGUAAUACAUCCGUCAAACGAGUUGUUGUGCUCAGACAUUAUCCCCCGUUGGGCUGUCAUCGGAUGGCUAUUAACCACGUGUACCUCAAACGUCGCCGCCUCUAACGCCAAACUCUCCCUUUUCUACGAUUGGCUCUUCUAUGACGCGGAACGCGACAACAUUAUGAACAUUGAACCCGCGAUUCUUGUUAUGUAUCACUCCAUUAGGUCACACCCGGCCAUCACAGCCACACUUUUAGACUUUCUAUGUAGA